AUGACAGAAAAACGAAUUGCCGACCUCCAAUGUCAGCUCCUGGAAUUCCAGACAGAAGUCAAAAUCUUGGGAGAUCAUGUCGUGAUGCUAUCCAAGCGUGCAGCUCCGACAGGUGUGGAAGAUGGUCCCCUGCUGAAGAAAGGAAGAACGACAGCGACACCCAAAUCCAAAGCCAGAGCUGCCCCGAAAGCAAAGAGGCAACCUCCGGCGAAGAAAGAUACCUCCCUGGAGAUUACAAUCCACUCGCGGUGGGUGAAGCAGCUGUACGCCCAGCUCAAGAACGCCGUCCGCCAAAACUGGCACAAUUCCUUUGCCCUGACAUCAAUCUUCAUUAUCUACUCCAAUACACAGGUCUGA